AUGCGACCCCCGGCGAGCACAGCAACUCGCGGCGUCAAGUCGUCUGCGCGCCAGUCCGACCCGGCAUCGACCAUCGUCCCCGCGCCACUGCACUGGGGUAGCGGGGAGGACAUGCCGACCGAGCUCGAGAUCCCGCCCUCGAAGCGGGCCGAGAACGCGAAACCCCGCGAAGGCCACGCUGUUAUUAGCACGUUUGACCUGUUCUCGAUCGGCGUCGGGCCGUCCUCGUCCCACACCGUGGGGCCGAUGCGUGCCGCCAAGAUCUUCACGUACUCCCUCCCGCCCGCGAUGCACGACAAGAUCGCGCACUUGAAGGUCUCGCUGCACGGCUCGCUGGCUGCGACGGGAAUGGGCCACAUGACGCCGCACGCGGUGCUGCUGGGCAUGAUGGGCGAGGACCCGGAGACGGUGGAGGUUGGACGUCUCUCGCGCGUGAUGGACGAGGUGCGGGCUGUGGGGCAGAUCGACCUUGGGUUGGACGGGGGACACAAGCGCGUGAAAUUCGAUCUCGAGAAGGACCUGACGUGGCACCUGAACCCGCUGCCGUCGCACCCGAACGGGAUGGUGUUCACCGUGUUCGACGACGAGGGCAACAUGCUCGCGACGAACGAGUACUUCUCCAUCGGGGGCGGCUUCGUCGUCAACCGCGAGACGCAGAUGGACGAGAACAUGUACUACAUGCAGACGCGGCCGAAGGACGCAAAGGACUCGCGGCGGCAUGUCGACGACGAAGGCGACGCCGAAGGCGGAGCCGGCGUCCUCCCCUCCCCCAGUGCCGAGGCAACGGACGUUCUGCAGAAAACCGACGCGGACGUGCCGGAAUCCAAGGGACAGCCGCGGGACCACAAGCCGCGGCUCCUGUUCGCGUCGGCCGAGGAGCUCUACGCGAUCUGCAAAGAGCACAAUCUGACGAUAGCCCAGGUGGUGUGGGAGAACGAGCGGGCGUUCCGGUCUGACGCCGAGAUCGCCUCGGGCCUCCUCCAGCUCUGGCAGGUCAUGGACGAAUGUAUCCGCAACGGGGUCACGAGCACGGACAAGACGCUCCCCGGCGGCCUGGAAGUAAGGCGGCGCGCGCCAGGCCUGUACAAGCGGCUGCAGCAGGGCUUCUACCCCGCCAUGGCUAUCCCGAAGCCGGGCGGCAGCGACGAGACGGCCCUGACGAAGGGCGAGCAGCGCAUCGGACGGACAGACCACCCCCUCCAGCUGAUCCCGCGGCACACCCGCCCCGUCUUCCCGGGCAUCGAGUAUCUGUCCUGUAUGGCGAUUGCCGUGAACGAGGUAAACGCUUCGGGGGGGCGUGUAGUCACCGCGCCGACGAAUGGGUAUCUCGUGGAGUACCACUCCCAGCAGCCUGAGCGCGACGUCAUGACGUUCCUCCUCACUGCGGCCGCCAUUGGCAUGCUGUUCAAGCGCGGCGCGACCAUCUCCGCCGCAGAGGGCGGGUGCAUGGCCGAGGUCGGCGUCGCGUGCUCCAUGGCCGCGCCGCGGCGGGACUCGCGGCGACGCUCGGCGCAGAGCCCGCCGUCAUCCUCCAGGCUGCCGAGAUUGGCAUUGAGCAUAAGUGAGUAG